GAAACAUGUCUGAAACAGAUGAAAUUACACCAAAAAUAGAAUUUAAAAAGAAAAUACGUAAAUGCAUAAGAAAACGCCAAACAUCAACAGAUGACGAUGAUGAAUCUAAUGAAAAUCAAGAAAGUUCUAUCAGGAAAAAAGUAGAAGAAACUAAAAUUAUUCAAAAGUUACGGGAACGACCAAGUGGUGUAAAUAUUGUUGGAUUAGCAUUAGGAGAAAAAGUAGUACCUGAUAUAAUGACAUCAGAUCCCUUUAAUGUCAAAACUGGAGGAAUGGUAAAUAUGUCUGCUUUGAAAAAUACGAAGCUCAAACAAAAUGAUGCAUAUGAAACUGGUAUUGGUACACAAUUUAAUGCUGAAACUAAUAAAAGAGAUGAGGAUGAAGAAAUGGUUAAAUAUAUAGAAGAGCAAUUAUCGAAACGUAAAAGUAAAAAUAAAGAUGAGACAGAUUCCAAUACAAGUAAUGAUAAAGGAUCAUAUUGCUCACCAGAAGAAGCUGCAUUACAGGCUGUACCAGAACAUCUCAGACAAAGUUCAGCUCAUCGUAGUGAAGAAAUGCUUUCAAAUCAAAUGCUUUCUGGAAUUCCAGAAGUAGAUCUUGGGAUAGAAGCAAAAAUUCGUAACAUUGAAGCUACAGAAGAAGCAAAAUUGAAAUUGCUUUGGGAUAGGCAUAGAAAAAAAGAUGGUCCAUCACAAUUUGUACCAACCAAUAUGGCUGUAAAUUUUGUACAACAUAAUAGAUUUAAUAUUGAAGAAUCAGAUUUCCAAAAGUCAAGACAAGAUAAUGAUGAGGAUAGAAAAAAAGUUGUGACUCCCAAAGAAGAUUUUAAGGGAAAACGGAAAGAUAAUGGUGAAAAAGCUACAGACGAUUACCAUUAUGAGAGGUUCAAAAAACAAUUUAGAAGAUUUUAAAUAAAAUUUUUAAAUGUAAUGAAAUAUGUAUAAUUUUUUUUUUUAUUGAAAUAUCUAUAAUAAUUUUCUAUAGAAAAGUAUGUAUUAAGUUAUACACACAAACUGAAUGUUAUUUUCAAUUGUAUCUACAUGCGUUCAAAUUGAAUUAAUAUUCCAAUUACAUUAAGAUAUAUUAUCAAACUAUAAUAGUUUUAUUUUCCAUUCUGGUGAGUAAACAUCGAAGAUCUCUACUUCUAAAUAUUAGAGAUAAUAACAUUAAUAUCUUCGGGACACAAUAUAUAAUAUACAUAUAUAGGAGUACAGUAAACUAAUAUUUAAACAAUAAUACAUUACAAAAUGAACAUUACAAAAAUCGUAUCACUCGAGAAACUUAAAAUAAUUUUAAUUUAAAUUGUAAUACUUAAGAAUUUAGUAGUUUUAUUUGUAUUCGUUCAUAUUUAUUUUUAUUUAUACUUUUUAUAAUCAAUAUUUCCUAUUGUACUUAUACUUACUAUCAUAAGAGAGUACAACCAAAACAAGCUUAUAUAUCGGUACGAUAGGCGCAAGACUGAAACAGCCUUCUCUGCUUGCUUUUGUAGUUCAUAUUUUGUACAUACCUGUCGCUAAAGUCACACACGUUUCAAGCGAAAGGUAAUGAACAGUCUUAAAUGAACAAUAUAAUAAUGAGUGAGCGUUACUGAAUUUCGGGAUAGUAAAAUCAUAUUUCAUCUGAUGUAAAAAUUGUAAACACGUUUCUGUUAUAAGGUUAGAAUAAGAAAAUUGACAUUUGUUUUCAUACUACGACAGUGAUUAAAAAAACUUUGAGAAAGUUUGUAAUAAAAUAUUUAGCUUGUGUAUUUUACUGUGUGACAUUUCAGAUAUUCUUCAUUCAUUAUGAACGAUUCUACAAUAAAUUCAUUUACCAAAAAACAAUUAGGUGAAA